ACGAAAUGUUUACUGCUGAAUUGUAUGCUGUGUUUAAGAAUCCAAUUCUCAAAUCAUUUUAAUAGUUAACAAACAUGAACAGUGCGAGCUUAAAACAGUUUGGUAGCUUUUAACCAUUUAACCACGAGUACAUUGUGGGAUAUAACGAGUUGGUAAACCGAAAUGUGUGGAUUUCUUUUAAACUUGUUUAACGCUCAUGCUUUGUAUAGGGAAAUCGAAAGUAAAGCGCCCAGAGCCACGUCAACAAUCUGGUCCAAGUUUUUGUCAUACCAAAACCCCCGUAUUUUAAAUAAAAACCGAAGGGGGUAUGGGGUGAAAGGGAUUAUAUGCCGUCUGCCAUCGACCAGCGUAAUCGGCCCAACUUGGCCCUAGCUACGCGCCUGUUAUGAUCAAAACGAAAACAAUGGAAUUUAAGAACAUUAUAAUACUAAUUAGCACAAUUUUGAUGGCACUCUUGUUGCAAAUCAGUACGUCAGAACAUUUCGCAGAGGACUGUACGGAGAGCCAAGUACUGUGCAAGAAAGGAAUGUAUGCGGAGAACGCUUGUUAUUCAUUUAAACAAGCAGCAUGUCUUCUAAAAGACAUUCUUAAUUUUACAAAUAUAUUCACAACAACAACUAAUUUGGAGAAACAUGUCGACGACAGAAUUGCUGGGUUCAAUGAGACAAUGUUUAGACAAAUUUCUGUCGAAUUGGAGUCAGUCAAUGAACGUUUGAAUAAAAGUAUUCAGGAAAAGGUUGAAGUCAUUUCUAAUAAUUUUAAUAAAGCAGAAGGUGAUAUUAAAAAGUUAUAUGAUACUUUGGACGAACAAAGCAAUUCUACUGACCAUGUCAAGCAGGAGGUUUCUAAAAUGAAUAGUUCGAUAAGAGGUGAUAUUAAUAUUUCAAUAUCAGAACUCAGAACUAAUUUAGAGAAUCAAACACGAGAAAUAAAAACCACGCUUGAACAACUAGAUGAACAAACAAAAGCUAGUCUGAAUAGUAAUAUAAAACAGUUGAAUGGUCACUUUGACGACCUAAGCAAUUCUACUGACCAUAUCAGGCAAGAGGUUUCUAAAAUGAAUAGUUCGAUAAGAGGUGAUAUUGAAAUAUCACUAUUAGAACUCAGAACUAAUUUAGAGAAUCAGAAACAAGAUAUGAGUACCGAGCUUAAAAAAAGAGAUGCAGAAACAAAAACAUACCUGGAACGCAAUUCAGAAACUUUGAAAUCAGAUUUAAAAGAUUUAAACCUCACCUUUGUCGAAACGAACAGCUCACUUAGUAAAAGGAUAGCUGAUAUGGAAGACCAGUUGUGGAUUAAUGAAGAGGAUGAAGGAGGUGAAACACAAAGAAUCAGUGUUAAAGAGGAAGUGGUCAAUACUCAGAAACAUUUCGAUGCCAAUAACACGCGACUACAACAUAACAUUGACGAUCUUCAAAAGGAAUGUCAAUCACAGUUUAAAACUCUGAUUGAUCAGGUAAAAAUAGUCAAAGACAGCUAUACCCAACAUGUCAGCGAAACGACCAAUCAGUUAAAAAGUUUGCAAGAAAAGACAACUAGCAUUGAAGAAAACUUGGCUACGUUCAGAAAGGAAAAUAAAGACGACAUUUUGCUCGUGCAGGAAGAGAUAAAAAAAGAAAAGGAUAAUGUUUCGGAGAUGAAGGAAAGGGUUGAAAAAAACAUUAAAGCAACGGAAGAUUCUUUGAAAAUUUUUGUUGAAACAACACGGACCAGUCUUCAAAACGAGUUUGACGAGAAGCUAGAUAAGUUUAAAGCAAACAUCAGCGAAACGUUAGAUAGCGUUCGAGUUGAAAUUGAAAAAAUUAAAGUAAAGUUGGAAAAUCAGUUAGCUAAUGUCACGAGCAAUGUGAGCUACCAUAAAGCGAUUAUCGAUGUAAUAUUGCCCAACACCUUCAACAAAGACUUUUUCAUGCUGGCCUUCAUGCUGCUUUGCCUGAUGGUGAUCGUCAAUUUCGUCGUCUUGCUCUGUUGUGUCACCAAAUCACGGUCAACCAGUGCAAUGACCGGACAAUGGGCCACGGGGACGGGGGAAAUGACCGGAAAUCACCGUGCAUCAAGAUCGCCUUUUCAGGUGAUGGAUAAACUCGACUUUUCUCGAUCCUUAAGACAACGCAGGGGGCUUGAAGCAGAGAUCAGCUUAGUAUAUUUCAAUGGUGACGUAGCGCCUGUGAUAACCAAAGUAAUGCUUCAGAUUUCCGAGCACCUGCCAGAUCAUUUACGUCAGCAGCAGAUUCCCCAAUAUCGCAUUCGUCAUCAUGACGAUAUUCCUGGAAUUCCACACUCGAAGCUAUGUUUCAUGUUUGCAGAAUUUCAUGAAAGACACGUGAUCAUAGAAGAACCAGGUCUAGGCCUCGGGGAUUUAAAACGAAGCACUGUAACAGCUAUUGAAAAGUUGGGAGCAAACCUCGUGAUCUUAUACGUCCUGCAUCCAGACUCCCGUCGUCUUCGCGAGAACGAGUUGUUUCACGACGCCAUCUACUGCACGCGCAAGCAAUCGGAAGUGAAAAAGUUCGCCGAUGAUGAGCGUUUCCUUAGUCUAUAUGACAAGUGCACAGACUUUCAAACUCAAAACCUGGUGAAAAUUAUUAAGGAAACACUUUUCUGAUAACAGUACACAAAUGAAAAAUACGAAAUCCGUCGACAUGAUACAAAAUAGUACAAGUAACCGUAAUAAAAAUGUAACCAUUCAGUAUGUUGUAAACAUGCUCUCUGACCAUGAGCAAUGCUUUUAAAAAACAACAUUUACAGAACCUGAGUUAAAUUACAUCAAUGAGUUUAAACAAUCGAAGGUGUAAGUAUCGUCUGUGUGAGAUGUCCUGUAAGCAGAUGACACUGAAUACCUUCUCACUGCCUCCUGCUGCCCCCUACUGAUAUCAAUGUGUGUUGAACAAUAUGUUUUUACGAAUAUCUAUGUUUUUGUUUUGACAGACAUAAGGGAGAAGUUGUUUUGAUAGAUUUUCACAAUUUAGAGUAUUUGUUUGUAUUUUAUAUUACAAUUUUCUGUUUUAUGAAAUGUGUAUAAAGAUCCUUUAUUAACUUUAUGUUUAAUUUUCACUAAUCACCAUUGAAGGGCCACCAUUUUAUCAACAAACGUAUCGUACAAAAACUUUCUCGAAACGAGUUUUGUAAGGAGCACUUCAACUUAAAAAGCUGGGGAAAAAUCUAUUGGCCAGUGUCUUGGUUUAUUUCAUUACGGCAGUUAAAUUGUGUGUUUAGUUUGUGGCAUUGACUUAGUAAUUCAUGGGGAACAAUAAUAUGACGAAAUAUUCGUGGGCAUACCUUCGUUGAUAAAUUGGGUCCAUACAGUCUAUAGAAUGAUGACAAUAAUAUUAACUUGUGUUUUCCAAAGGUUGUUUUAUAUAUCUUAGCUUGAAUUGCAAUGUGUGCGUUAUUGUUAUGUUCACUUUGUGCAUCUGAUUUGAGUGAUGAAUGUACCACUGUGUGAAUCUGUUAGUUAUGAUACUUAAAAGGUUGAAACAUCCAUAUGUAGUUAUGUGUAGUCAUGUGUAGUUAUGUGUAGUCAUGUGUAGUUAUGUGUAGCCAUGUGUAGUUAUGUAAAGGCAUGUGUAGUUAUGUGUAGUCAUGUGUAGUCAUGUCUUUCUUUUGCUUUAAAAUCCAUUCGUCUUGGCAUUUUCGCUCAUAAUCACUUAGCUAAUUUGCAUACCGUCACUCAUGUUAAAUAAAAGAAAUCCUAUUGUUAUAACACGGUUGCAGUAGGUUGGUUUUUGGUAUGAAAUAAUGAGUAGAAGUUUGACAGCCAGUUUAAGCCAGCGUAGGUCACAAGAACUACAUAGUCAUGUGUAUAAAUAUGUUUAAAACAAAUCUGAAAAAGUGUCACUAUUUGUAUAUGAUUAUCUGAAUGACUAAUUUAAUAUGCUAUUGUUUUCUUCAAUUUUAAGUUCCUAUAUAGGCAGAUGAAUCAUGUUCACAUAUAUUUCACCUAUGCUACAUCCAAGUGUAUGUUUUGCUCGUGGUGUAUUCUAUAAUUUAUGCUGACAGCCGUCCAUUGCCUGUGUAUAUGUUGUCUGCUACGUGUUAUAUAAUCAUAUUAAUUUGUAUCAUACUAUCCGAUGAUCCUUUUAUUUAAUAGUGCCAUUUAACGUGUAGCUUUGUGUGUAUGGUGGGUGUUGGGAUAAAUAAUAAAGAUAUUACAAAGCAUAUCAAAUCUAAGACUAGAUAAACUUAUUCGGCGUAGCCCGUAUAAAGAGGCGACUUAAGUUAGCAAAAAUAAUUUCAUAAUCAUAUUUUUUUUUAAUCAAACAAUGCUCACAUUUUGAUAAAGUUUUAUGUUUUACUAUACUGUUGACCUGCUCAAGUCAUCCAGUGUACAAUAGAUGGAUUGUCAGUAGAAAACGUGAAAUGUCAAAAGGUCCUCGGGGUGCAUGUUGAUCAGACAUUGUCAUGGCAUACACAUGUUAAGACUGUAGUGAAUAAGCUUAAUUCAAAAUUGGCACUUUUAAGAAGAAUAGCAUAUUAUUUAACAGACGAGAUAAAAUCAUUGUAUUAUAAUGCAUAUAUCAUGUCAAACAUGGAGUACUGUUGUAGUGUCUGGGGACUUACACAUUCCUCAGAUACCACAAAAAUCACUAACAUUCAGAAAAGAGCGAUUAAGCUAAUAAUGAAGUCGGGAACUAGCCACUGUGGAAACAUGUUCAAACAGUCUGGGUUGCUAUCUUUUGAAGACAGGUGCUAUUAUCAUCUCUCAUUACUUGUUUUCAAAAGCAUGAAUUGUUUGACUCCUUCGUACUUCACAGAAUUGUUAACAUUUGCCAAAAAUGAGCACUAUAACUUGCGUUCUUCAGAAAACAAGGAUCUUUUUGUUGUAAAACCUAGAACAAACUACUAGUAUAUCAAAAAUACAUUUGCCUAUAAAGCAAUGAAAAUUUGGAAUAAUCUUCCUACAUACAUAAAAUGUCAAGAUAAGCUACCAGCCUUUAAACAUGCAUUAAAAGGCUACUUAUUGGCAAAAUAAUUUUAUCACAUGAACAAAAAAUCUUGACACUUUAUUUAAAUCACAUUAUAAUAAAUAGUUCAUUGUUUACAUGAAUUGUGUUAAUGUACGUAUAUGACAUUCUUGCAACAACUUGUAAUGGAUACUACCAAAUAUGUAAAUAUAUUGAUUGAAUGUGGUUUUACUGAAUAUAUCUACAUUAUUUACAGUAUGAAAUUAUUGUAAUUUAUAAUCAUCAUAUUAAACUGAGUUGUGUUUGUCGAAGAAAUGUAUGAUAGUGAUAGUGUGAUUGUAUGUUUUGUAUGUUGCUUAAUAUGUAUAGUACAUGUGUUUUUGUAAUACUCUUUGUGUGAAGGCCAUGCUGGAAAUAAGUAGUAUGUCUGUAAUGAUUGUACACUUAGUAUGUAACCUUCGUUAAAUAAAGUUGUUAUUAUUAUUAUUAUUAUUAUCACUUAUUGCAUACAGUGCCUACAACAAUCAUAGUUUAAUAUUGUAUGAAUUCAUAAAUGAUACAGGUUAAACUUGUCUCCUCUUGUUUACAAUGUUUCAUAGUUAUUUUACAUGAUACAAACUAUUUGUUUAGUUUUUUACGAUUUGUAUAUGUAUAUGAAUUUAUUAGAUGUUAAUUUGAUAUUUGGUUUAUGAGAGACCUAUCGAAUACGAUAUAGAUUCGCACAUGUGAAUUAACACCAUAGCACCUAUACGAAUACUAAAGACAUGUUAUAGACAUAUAGUUAACCUAACUGCUCAAAUGCUAUUCUAUAUUCAUUCAGUUGUCUUUCUAUCUAUAAGUCACAUCCUAUGACCUAUCGCCUUGUAUAUAUGCAUACAAUACAAUUUAUCAAUGAUCAAGAAUUUUCUUUUUACUUAUUUCAUUUUUAGAACUGUUUCAACGAAAUAAAUUUUAUUCUGUUC